CUGUCAGGAUAUAGUCACAUGGGGAGGUGAAACUACAUUACACUUCAGAAACUUGUGGAGGAAUCAAAGAGGAAGGGAGACCAGCAGAAAGGUAGGGACGUCUUAUUUGACAUAUUUUACAGAAGAUCUAAGGCAGAUACAUUUUGUAUUUCACCUUGCAAAAGUCAAAGUUCCUUAAAUAUCUGCAAUGGCUUUUAGAGCAUUUACACAAACACAUAUCUAUGAAAAGCAAUCAGCCCCAAAAGAAAAGGACAAAUCCAGCAUCCAGUGCCUUGAGUGCUAUGACCCAAAUGUGUAUAUAGGGACCAAAAAUGCAACAGUCCAGCAUCUCAUCCUUCUCAGUAGCACAAAUGGAGACCUAAGUCCUGGCCAGAGCAAAUUCAGAGAGGGUAGGUUGAGAAAACUAGGCUCAAGCAACCAUGUAGCCCAACUUAGGGUAGUUCCACUUUUCAACCAUCUGCUGGUCUUGUGGGACCGGAGUGUUACUGCCCUCAACAUGUUCUCCUUGGAGCCUGUUACCACCCUGAAGAAGAUCCAGCACGUGUCUUUCUUUGAGGUGUGCGACUCGUUGCUCGCAGCCCAGACAGCAUGUGUGGAGAUGGUGACUUCCUCCAGCCGCAGGAAGGUGAUCCAGAUCCACGUCGUGGGAGUGGACAGGUGGGACGUGGUAAAGGAAGUCCCUCUGCUCCAGGACCCUGUGGCCUUGGCAAUAGACGGUGCCAGUGUUUGUGUAGCCACCAGCGACAGGUAUCUCCUUUGUGAUAUUCGGACUGGAAGCAGUGAAGAGCUUUUCCCUCACAAUCACAGCAGGCAGCGUGUUAUUGUUACCUCAGUGGGACGAGGGGAAUUCCUUCUGAACGGACCUGAAUCUUUGGGCAUGUUUGUGAUGAAGACAGGGAUAUGCCAGCGCCCUCCCCUGCAGUGGCCUCAGGAGGUGCUGGCAGCCGGAGUGUGUUUCCCUUACAUCCUAACCCUAGAGCCCCAAGUGCUGUCUGUCUACAGCAUGGUGGAUCAGCAGAUCAAACAGACUGUGGGUCUCAGCGGAGCAACGGGUCUGCUCUCCACAUCAGAUGGUGUGUUAGUGUUCACAGAGAGAGACAUUUUCAGCCUGCGUCUGGUGCCACUCGAUCAGCAGAUCCAGGCACUUGUCAGGCAUGAGAGGAUCGAGGAGGCCUUGUUACUGCUGGACGGAGUUCAAGGCCACUGUCCAUGUGACUCAUACAAGGAGCUGCAGAAGGCCAUCACUUGCCUGGCUGGAUUUGUUCAUUUUUACCGGGAGGGUUUUUCCGAGGCCAAAGAAUUAUUCAUUACAGGUGAGCUGGACCCCAGAGAAAUCAUUCACCUCUACCCUGACAUGCAGUCGUGUCUCAGUGAGGACUUUAAAUCCCAGCUCGAUCAAGUGAACAAGGGCAGGGAUCUUCAGGUCCUUUGCCAAGAGAACAGGAACACAUUUCAUCAUUACCUGGCCUUCCUGGGAGAUUUUCUUAGAGCAGUCAGGGGAAUGGAGCAAGGCCUGAAGUGUGCUCAGGAGGUGGACUGCGCCCUCCUGAGGCUGUACUUAGAACUCGGAGACACUGAAAAUCUGCAGCAGCUUGUGGCGUCUCCCAAUGAGUGCGGGCUGGACAACUGUGUUCCUGUUUUGGAGCAACACAACAGAUUUUUUGCAUUAGGUUCCCUCUAUCAAAGCAAUGGACAUCAAAUUGAUGCAAUUGAGACUUGGGUGAAAAUUGCAGAUGGUUUCCACAAAGACCCCUCUUGCUCAGAUGUAUAUGGACACAUAGUGUGGACUCUCAGUCAGCUGCAAGACAGAGAUGCUGUGUGGACAUUUGCAGACUGGACUCUUCAGAGAAACCAGGAGAUAGGGGUGCAAAUUUUCAACAAGCGUCCACCAGAUGGUCAAUUUGAAGCUCAAAACGUCCUUGCUCUAUUGGAGAAGUACCCACUGGCGUUGCUUUUGUAUCUUGAGUUCUUAAUCCAUGAUUUGAACAGUAAGGAGGAGAGACAUCACAACCGUCUGGCCCUGGCAUAUGUUACUCAGACGCUGCAAGAGGAAGAAAAAGCAGAUUUGAGGAGGACCAGAGGAAAGUUGCAGCAGCUGCUAUGGGAAUCCAAAUGCUAUGAUGUCUCCACUGUAUAUGAGAGAGUCAAGUCAGCAACCCUGCACAUAGAGAAAGCCAUUCUCCUCGGUAGGACCGGUGAACACUGUAAGGCACUGCAAGUGCUUGUUCACCAGGAAGGGGACCUGCAGGCUGCAGAGGCCUACUGCUGCAGGGCUGCCCAGGGCCGGGACUCACAGUUCAGGCAGACCCUGCUGCUCACGCUGCUCCAAAUCUACCUGAGCUCUGAGGCGCUUACCAGCGCUGCCGUGGAUCUGCUCAACAACAACCCUCGGGUCUUUGUGGCAGAGAAGAUCAUCCAGCUCCUGCCUGAUUCCUGGUCUAUUCAAGUGGUCUCCCAGUUCUUAGUUAGAUCUCUCAGAGAGUCCUUCCACCAGCGGCAGAUGGCGAGGCUGCAGAAGGCUUUGGGCCAGGCAGAGUGCAUGCGGCACAAAGCCAUUUGGCAGAUGCAGGCCUCAAAUAAAAAGUUCAGACUCGACAAGGGACAGAAGUGCAAGGUUUGUCAGAGAGACCUUGCAGAGCCACAAUUUGCCUGUAACCUCCACGGUGAGCUGAUGCACACAAGCUGCACUGGCUAUUCAUCAUCGUGAAGCCACCAAUAUAGCAAUCUUUUGUCUGCUUAGGCAAACGUUGUAUCUUUGCACUCUUGCAAAUCACAUUCAUUUCUAGCAAGACAAGUGUCUGCUUUCUACCUGAUAUUUUAUCUAGAUUACACUGUGUCAUUGAGAAAAAACUCUGUACAAGGAUUCAAAUCAUGAAUCUCAGACCAGACACUUUCCCUGAUUAGAAAAAAAGAAAAUACAUUGUUCUAAUAACUGGUUUCAGAGAGCAAAAGAGCAAGCAGUGCACUUUUUCAGGACAGCAUGUCUGAGCCAUUUCCUAGAGACAUUGUAGACAGCAAUAGCUAUAAAGUGGAGGACACUCAGGGGCAUAUAUUCACUGAUCAGACGGUAGUGUUUAACAUGGAAACCACCUGUGGUCAACCUGAUGACCAAAGGGAAUUUGACCAUUCUCCAUGGCUGUAUAUAUGCAUCCCCGCCAUCAUGGUUUCCACUGACUGUGUAAAUGUAUCUGCAUAGAGCUGGAAAUAGAAAGUCAACAACUCAGAGGCUACAUGAAAGAGACCUUUUUUUCCCGCUCAUGCAUUAAUAUACAACAAUAAAAUCACAAUUACAGCUUUAAAACAGACAGCAGAGUUUUGGUUAAUUUCACAAGUGACCAAAUGACAUGUCUGCGUUGUGUAUGGAACAUGAAAUCAGAAUAAUAAGAAUACUUUUUUACCAACAUCUUACCUAUUAAGGAAUAUGAAAUAUGUGUCAUCCAAAUAAUAGCACACACAUGCUAGUGUGUACAUGUACAGUAUGAAAAUAUUGUAUAUAAACUUAAACACAUAUCAUUAAGUUAGAUGACAUUUGAGAUGUAUUUGUUUAUUAUUUUGUCAUUAAGGCUAACCCUAACUGAGUAUAUCUUUAUCCUGAUGCAUUUUGGGAGACGCCUAAAGGGGCUGGAGGAGUAACUGGUGCAUUUAGCUUGAUUGCUUACAAGUUUUUAGUGUACAUUUUUGGCCGAGGGGUGAGUGACUAAUUGCAGUGUGGAUAAAUAGUGAAUUAUGAGCAUGUUGGAAGGGAUUAUGUCUUUGUGAUGCCCUUGCUCAGAUUUCUACCGUUUUUCUCACCAAAUUAGGUUUUUGUGGGACUUUUUCAUUCUUCUCAUUGGGGGUCCGAGAGUUGUGUUCAUUUAAUGUUUCAAAGUGUGGGUGUUAGGCAACUCUCUGAGAGUGUAACGAAAAAAGGUUCACAAGAAUACACUUGAUUUAAGCUUUGACUUCAUAUUUCUCACUUGGAGUGCAAAUGUAACCUUUGACUCAUAUAAAUAAACAGAAUUACAACUCUGAAAACCCAAGAAUACCACAUUCCUAGCUUUUCUCUUUUAUGUGGUUUCAGGAAAAAUUGCCAUGUACGGUUGCAUGUACACUCCUCCAUAUCGUCUCCCUGUAAUUUCGAUAAUCUAUGCAUUUAAUUGUUAUCUACUUUUCAGUCCUUUGUAAGCACUCCUGGAUAACCAUCUGAAAAGUAUCAGUGCAGAGGAAAACACAAAGAAUCAACUUCUCUCUGAUUGCUUUUGAGAUGGGCUGGAGCCUCUCAUGGUUUAUAUGGCCUGACUGGAGGGGCUGCUGCUCUGUGACUGGCUGAUCUUUGGGCCGUGCCUGAUGACCAGUAACCACUGGGUUGACCCGAGGCCUCUCCUUCCCUCUCAAAGACAUCCUUAGGGAGCAUUCAUGUUGUUUUGAACAAUUACAGUUAUGCUGUGCCUUAGAAACUUUUUCUCAUAUUCGAUGUUGACCAACAGCCACCAACAAGCAACCAGAAGAUAAAAUAUAUACAGACACAGUACAAGUACACAUUCUUGUACCUAAAUUAAGACCCCAGGUAACAUAUUUGGUGGAUUUAAAUCAUUUUUCUUUUUAUUAUUCUUACCUGAUGCACUCACAGCAGAUCCCCCCCCCCCCUUAUUUGGAUGAGAAGUUUAUAUCAGUAGCUAUUGAUGUGAAUGUAACACUUGCAAUCUGGAGUUCAGUGUGUGACUAGGCGGGGCUUUGGGUCACUGCAGAGUGCUCUGGGGUGCAUCCGGCCAGAUGGACAUUUUACACAUGAGGGGGAAUGGAUUGGAGGCAAAAAUGGACAGUUAUGGAGGAAAGUAGGGUGGGCUAUACAUACAUUGGUCUCCCAUUAUAUAUAUCCAUUCCACCACAGAAGGAAAACAAGAACAUUUUCUUCUUGUGCUUUUCUAAAUUUAAG